GCCACAAUCGUUUCUGUGUAUGCUACAUAUUUGACGCGACGUCAUUUUUGACUGGAUUGGUCGCGUUUUUGAUAAUAUUUCAAUCAAUUUUGAGGGUAUUUAAGAUAAGUUUUGCUAUACUUUUACUCCAAAAUAUAUCUUCUUAUUUUUAGUGCAUUUCUCCGCAGUCACCAAUUGCUGAGAAGCGAAAACAAAAGCAUUUUCAUACGCCGGUGCUUUUUGACCGCUCAUGACCCUCCAUUUUGAAUAGGCCAGCACGUGGUGACCGCCUCAGUCAGCGCUCCGCCCCUUUGCCUCUGUCCGCCUGCUGUCCUCCGAAGAGAGCUCGCGCCGCGGCGGUGCUGUGAGGACCGACGGCCGGGCGGAAUGCCCUCGCCCGCGCUCUGAAUGGGGCUCUGUGACCCGGCUCGUCUGGCCACAGCCAUGUCUGCAGAUGCCGCCUCACCGCGCCGCGACAAUGGUACUUCCACCCCCGGCCGGAGCGGCGCCAGCGCCUCGCCGGCCGUCAAUGGCGACACCGCCGAUGGACAGGAUUCGCGCUCCUCUGGCGGCCUGGAGGAGUCGGGCGGCGGUGGGUGCGGCACGGCGCGCGUGCGGCGAAAGCGGCGCCACACGUGUCCCGACUACCGGCGCUCGCCGCCGCCCCUCGAGAACGGCUGGCACGGCGUCGGGGAGCGCCUGUCGCCGCCGCCGCGGCUCGGUGCGGCGGACGGCUCGGCGCUCCGGUCGGCCGGCAGUCGGAGGAGCUCGGAGGGGGACGGCUGGGGCCGCGCCGGACGGUGCCACGAGAGGCCCGCCAAGCUGGCCCGGCUCGAGGCCUGUGUGAAGAAGGAGCCGGCAGAGCCGGUGGCGGCCACGGUGACACCGGAAAAGUCGCAGCUGAACAAUGGUGAUGGCGCUGACGAGCCGCCGUCUGUAGACGGGGAUUGUGAACCCAAGGAGGAGCCGCCCGACCGACCCGACUCGCCGCCGCCGCCGCCAACGCCGACCACCGACACCCGCAAACGCAACCUGACCGAGACGGAGAAACUCUACCUGAACUCUGAGUGUCACAAGACGGAGAUCCUGUCGAGCAAGCUGCGCCACACGGCCUGUAGGAUGAGCGGUGCCGCCGCUGCCGCCUCCGCUACCUCCACCACUCCAGCCCAGCCGCCAGUGUUAAUGCCAAACGGAGGCGACUCAAAAGGCCCGAAGGCCAAGCGGCGUCGGCGAGAGCCGGUGCCGCGUCGCCGCCGUCUUCCGUCGGUUGAAUCUCCGGCCACGGACAGCGAGAGUGACGGCCCACCGCACCUGGAACCCGAGGCACCGCUGACAGCGGCUCCGCGCGGCGCCGCCGGCCGCGGCAAGGUGCAGGCUGGACGGCGGGGCACGCCAGCCCCCCAGCUGCGAGAGGCAGAGUCCGAGGCGGACACCGUGUCGUUUUCGUUCCAAGCAGCGCCCGACUCCGAGGAGUGGUUCCGCACGUUCUCCCGUCAGGAGGCGGGUCGCCGCGCGGUGGAGGACUUCUCGUGGGCGGCGGCCGGCGGCGGGCAGCUGCUGCCCUACCAGAUGUCCGUGGACGAGCUGUUCCCGCCGGACCUGGUACCCGGCGGCGGCCGGCCGCGGCCCCUGAGGCCGCCCACCCUGCCCGACCGCUGGCUGCCGCCGCUGCCGGCCGCCGCCGAGGAGCGUGUCGCCGCCGACAAGUCCCCGCCGGCCGACUGGCUGUGUCUGGAGGAGAUGUGUCGGGUGCUGCACCGGGCGGCUGACUCGCCGCCGGCGGAGGUGGAGUCGCCGGGGACAGAGGUGGCCGCCGCGCUCACCGCCUGGCCCGCGCACACCUCGCUCCACGAGCUGGCAGAGGCGGUGAACUCUGAGGAGCUGGGCGGCGCCGACUGGUCCGGCGCCGACUCCGCCAGCGAGCCGAGCCGGCCGCCGACACCGGACGCCUCUGCCGACGAUGCCAGCAGUGUGAGCACGGACACCUCUGCCGGCACCGGCGGACGGCGGCGGCCCGUCAAACGGCGAAAAAAACCGCACCGGCUGGCCGCGCGCCCGCGUCAGGAAGUCGAAUCUUCUGAGGACGGCUGUCAGCCGGGCGGCGGCCGAGGCCGAGGCGGGCCGGGACACGCCCGGACCUAGUUAACACCCGCUCGGCCCUGUAUGUAUGUGUAUUUAUUUCGUGUCAACGGAUCAAAUCCGUCGCGCCUUAUUCAUCGGUCCGAUCGUGGUAGACGCGCGCUUCUGGGUCCGUUCUCAGGAAAAUGAGUCGCUUCACAUUACGCAUUGUAUUUCGUACAAAGGUGUGCGUGCAUGUCUGAAUGCUUGUAUGAAUGUUCGCGGCUAUUGCGGACAUCAUGUUUGUCGGCGUCUUGUCGACGCUGUUCAUGUUUGAGAUUUGUGUCUGUAUAGUUUGGACCUGGAAGGAGCCAGGUGUGUCCUGAGUACGAUGUGUACGUAGGUCCCUUUUGUUGGACUGUGGUGUCUAACACGGGGAGAGCCAGUGAUAUACAUUAUAUACCUUCUUUCCACGGAACGUGUGCUGGCCAGGCGCCUGAGACGUCGGCGUGAAAAGCACAUCAUUUCAAGUUCAAAGCGCGCUUUUAUUCCAUGCCCGAACUGGAAGCUAGGGCCUAUAUGCGGCAUGAUCAAAUGUGGGACCGAUAUUCGGGGCAUGGCGCUCGCCGUUUAGACGGCGCUUGUUUCAGAGACACGGGCAGAGAAAUAGUCCGGAUAUCGCGUCGCUCACAGAUGUCGACAUCCCAACUGUGGGAGAUCGCUGAUGGAAAUAAAUGGUGUCAUGAAUGGA